UCCAAUGAUGAACCUAAGUUCCUAUUCCGACCCACACAACAACCGACAUACAUCGUUCUUCAUAGAGGAUAUUCUAUUGAACAAACCAAAGCGUCUGCAGGUUCGAGACUACCAGAAUUUGGGAUUGGGUCGGUCACAUUUCUCGGACUAUGGUACAGCCGCAGCAGCGGCGGCGGCGGCAGCAGCAGCUUACCCAUAUUCAGUACAUCAUGCUGCGGCCGCCGCUGCUGCUCUGUUACCACACCAAAUGAUCGCUGCACAGAACCAACUUUAUAUACCGCGGGCCGCAACUGAGCAGAGUUUCUUGGUUCCUACAACAGGGUUCCCGUUGCCGCCAUUAUUCCAACAUGACGUAAACGGAGGAAAACAGUGUAGACGGAGGAAAGCUAGGACUGUCUUCAGUGACCAGCAGCUGAAUGGCCUGGAGAAGAGGUUCGAAGCCCAGCGGUACCUGUCCACACCAGAGAGAGUAGAACUCGCUUCGCAGCUCAGUUUGUCGGAAACCCAGGUGAAAACAUGGUUCCAGAACAGGAGAAUGAAACACAAAAAGAUGCAGAGAAAAGUGCACGAGGAUCACGAGAUGCGCAAAACUUCGAAAUCGACAGAACCGGGUAACCACACAGCUACAUCGAGUUGCAACCGGAAGCAGUCGGGUCUCGAUGACUUGACAUUGGUUUCGGUCGAUGCUGAAGUGGAUGUUGAUUCGGAAAUGGAUAGUUCCCGGGAACUCAGCCACCAUGGGGAUCCUUGUUCAGACAUUGAUACCGUUGAGAUCAACGUGGUGGAUACGGACGCAGCUCGCUACCGGCGAGCCCUCUUAAAUAGCUGAUUCUACUGGCCUUGCUGUGUUGGCUUGGCGGCACACAUCAGCGAUAGACAUAACGAAAAGAGAGACAAUGUGACAGAGGCAGAAAGAGAGAAGGGGAAAUUGAAAGAGACAGAGAAAGAGACAGGAGAGAGAGACAGACAGACAAACAGACAGAUUGACAUGCAGACAUACAGACAUCAGACAGACAAACUGAGAGAACUAAAGUGAGAGCGCGGGUAUAGAGAAGAGUGAGUGAGAGAUAAUCAGAUUGACAGAGAAAAAGAAGGAGGAAGGCAAGACAAAAGAAAGAAAAUAAGAAAGUGAUAGAAAUGAAGACUAUUAUUAUUAUUAUUAUUAUUGACUACUACCACCCCCACCACUAUAAUUACUAUUAUUUAUCGUUAUUAAUAUUAUUCUGUGCUCAAAUAGAGCCAAGAAACAAUCUUUUGUUUUACAUUCUUUUAUUCUUUCCGAGGAAGGGUUGGAAACUAUGGAACCAGUAAAACACUAGAGUCGAUUCUAAUGACUUCACUUGGUUUCAAUAUAUCUACACACACACACACACACACACACACACAC